AUGGCUGCCGUGCAGCAGCUGUUGACCAGCCCCUCGCCAGGGCCCUCCCCCGCCAUGGGGUUAAAUGGCAACCCGGCAUCUCCCGCCAUGGACCUCGACGCCAGACCAAGCCAGAGCCCCGUCAUGCUUCAUGGAAGAUCACUUCGAGGAGCUCCUGAAGAAGGAGACAAGAGGAUAGUCGUCAUCGUCUAUGGACAUGGACAGGAUCGGAUCGUGUCUGUCUUCGCCGAGGUCCUGGGCAAGCCCUUCAGAUUAAAGAGCAGCUUUGGCAAUAUCGCCGCCGCUGAUCGCGGGUAUGUCAUUGGCAUACUGGCUGGCGAGGCCAAGGCCGACGUCGAGACGAGAGACCGCGAGCUGGUCGUUGCCAUCAACGCUCACUGCGUCCACCUGGGCAUGCCACCCGAUGCCCAACUAUCCACUCACUGCGACUACGAGUUCCUCUACACCGAACCUUCAUCCUUCAGACGCUAUCUGGCAAGAUUCAUCUCAUUCGUCUUGGGACAGGUAAGCCACCAUGAGGAGCUCAUGGCGAAGCCCAGGACAUAUUUCAUGUCGACCACAUUUCCCGAUGUUCGCGCAGCCUUGCCCAACCUGGACAUCCUCACUGUCGGCUCCGACGCCGUCGAGAUUCGCGUCGACCUACUGCGGGAGCCUCUCGGCGGCGGCAACUUUGCUGGUGUGCCAAGCCUAAGCUACGUUGGCGAGCAGGUAAUGCUCUUGCGUCAGCGAACAGAGUUACCCAUCAUCUUCACAACCAGGUGCACGAAUGAGAACGGCAGAUUUCCCAUGGACGAUCCAGAACUCUACCACAGGUACUUAUACAAGGCCAUCCAGUGGGGCGUCGAAUACAUCGAUGUCGAGCUUUGGCUGCCGGAGGACAUUCGACGGGACCUCUAUCAGAGAAGGGGAAACUCGCGCAUCAUGUCGGCGUUUCACGACUUUUCGGGGACGUUCCGCUGGCCGUCGCAGUAUGCACUCGACGUCUUUCAACGAUCAUGUCCGUAUGCCGACCUAGUCAAGAUGAUUGCCAUCAUCAACGAACACAACGAAAACUUCGAGCUCGAGUACUUCCGGUCCAAGAUACGAGCCGAGUUCCCCGACGCGCCCCCGUUUUCCGGACUCAACAUGGCCGAAGUGGGACAGAUCUCGCGAACGUUGAACAAGGUCUUCACACCAAUCACGCACCCGCUUCUUCCCCUCAUCGCUGCACCUGGUCAGAUGAGCACCGCCGAGAUACACAGCGCAUUGGCCAUGGUCGGCCAGCUGCCGAAGAAGAAUAUUUUCGGCAUUAGCAUAUCGACGUUCCGAAGCGCGGUGCCUCAGGCGCCUUUCUAUGAGAAGUGUUUCAAUGAGCUGGGGCUGCCUCACCACUUCGCCAUGGUCGAGCGGCAGCCAAACAACUUUGCAGGCAUGGAAGUAUGGUGCAACCAGAAGGAGUUUGGAGGCGCCUACCUGGAUCCCGGUGUUUCGGUGCAGACACUCACGAAACACAACAAGUUCUUUGCGGGCUUGAACAACGGGCGAGGCCCAACUCUGACCGAGGCAGCUCGAGCCAUUGGCAUCGUGGAUACCAUUGUCGUCAAGGCGGGCACGUCGGCAUCGUCGACGCCGGCAUCGCUGGCAUCGAGCCCGCCGCACCAGCAAGCCGACGGCACAAUGGCGCCGAAACAGGAGGGCCUCGGCGCGAACGCGUCGCUCAUAUUCGACAAUGCCGGAUGGCGAGGCAUCAUGCACACCCUGAUCAGGGACCUGGCGCCCUCUGCGUACUUUGGACGUGCGGCCGUGGUGCUCGCGUCGGCGUCGGACGACGCGGCGCCCGUCUUUUAUGCGCUCAAGGCGCUCAAGAUUGCCAAAAUCUACACGGUCGGUUUCCGGACCCCGCCCGCGCUCGCGCGCAACGCACCGCCCAUCGAGCAGUUCAUAAGUAUGGAGUCGUUGCAACGAGCACGAUCCGUCGCGGACGACACGGCUCCGUUCGUCAUCGUGUCAGCACUAGGGCCGGGUAAGAGCAACCUCGUCAGCAUGCUGGUGAGGGUCUUCGGCGCAUCUGGGCCGCGAAAUGGGCCAAACACCAAGAAGGUGUUCCUCAAUCUCGCCGACGUGACGGCGCAGAGCAAAAGCGACCCGAGCGACGCCGCCGAGAAGAGCGGCUUCGUGGCGUAUGGCGCGGCCGACGUGGCGGCGUUUUCGACGGUGGAAAGCCUUCGCCUGCUGGUCGGGCAAAACGUCCCGUACAGCUUUGUCAGGCUCGCCAGCGGCAGGAAUCCGUUCUGA